CAACCCGCGGUGGGAUUACAGCUCUUUCCAUCUGUUGAGGAAGUUUGUCGGACUUUGAAAACCAAAACGGAAAAGAGGAAGUGAAAACUUUAGGAAGUGACCAAAGUGAGUAAUUCGGGACCGGAGUGGGCAGCAGCGCCCGUGGAGGCUGAUUUAGUCCCGGGAGGAGCCGCGGCGGUAGAUUCGUGGCUGAGGCGGUAAAGCUGCUCCGACGCUAGCUGUGUUCAGGCUAAAGUAGCGACGCUACCGGGCUUCAACCGUUUACCGCCUGAGCCCCGCUCUCCGAGCCCCGACCGAUCAUGUUCGGACAGCUGCACUGACAGGAUGGCGCAGAUCUCAGCGUGUGUGGAGGACGUGAAGCGGCGGCUGAAGGUGGAUGUCCUGCGGGAAGCCGGCCGCCAGUAUCCGCUUACCUGCUUCCUCCUGGUGUCCAUGCUAACGCUCACCGUGCUACUCAACAGGUACAUUCACAUCCUGAUGGUGUUCUGGUCGCUCCUGGCUGGCUGCGUGACUUUCUACUGCUCCCUCAGACCGGAGACGCUCCUUCCGAGCGUCCUGUUCACGGCGAAGCCCAGGAGCAGACGGCAGGAGCAGGAACUGUUUCCUCUGGGUCACAGCUGCGCCGUGUGCGGGAAGGUCAAAUGCAAACGUCAUCGACCGACGCUGCUCCUGGAAAACUAUCAGCCGUGGUUGGGCCUGAAGGUUCCUUCCAAGGUGGACGCCUCAGUAGCAGAGGUUUUCGAGUUGGUCCUCGAGAGCUUUGUGUACCCCUGGUACAGGGACAUCACGGACGACGAGGCGUGUUUAGAUGAAGUGAGGAUGACUUUCCGCUUCUUCGCGUCGGUGCUCGUCCGCCGAGCUCAGAAGGUUGAUAUCCCUGCUGUGUUUGCAGACAGAGUGAUGAAAGCUGCGAUGAAGCACAUUGAAAUUAUUGCCAAAGCCCGGCAGAGAGUGAAGAAUGUGGACGGCCUGCAGCAGGCGGCUCUGGAGGAAUAUGGCGCCGACCUCCACGUCGCUCUGCACAGCAGAAAGGACGAGCUGCUGUACCUGAGGAAGCUCACUGAGAUGCUGUUUCCCUACGUGAUGCCUCCCAAAGCCACAGACUGCAGGCCUCUGGCUCUGCUGCUGCGGGAGGUGAUGGCCGGCUCCGUCAUCCUACCCACCAUGGACUUCAUGGCCGACCCUGACACAGUGAACCUCAUGGUGCUCAUGUUUGUUGAUGACACUCCACCGGAGCCAGCCGCAGAGCCUCCGUCUCCACUGGUCCCAUUUCUACAGAAAUAUGAAGACAUCAGGAGUCAGAAGCCAUCAGUGCUGAAGCUGGAGCUGAGGGAGAUCAGGGAGCAGCAGGACCUCCUCUUUCGUUUUAUGAACUUCCUGAAGCAGGAAGGAGCCGUGCACGUGCUGCAGUUCUGCCUCACUGUGGAGGAGCUCAACGAUAAGAUCCUGCGUCCCGAGCUGAGCGACUCCGAGCUGCAGCAUUUGCACGGUGAGGUGGUGCACAUCUACGAGACGUACUGCCUCGAGGAGAGCGUCGACAAGAUUAGCUUCGACCCGUUCAUCGUGGAAGAGAUCAGGAGCGUCGCCACAGGGCCGUACGCCGAGGUGGUGAAGCUGCAGCAGAUGUGCUGCCUGUUCGAGGCGUACGAACACGUCCUGUCUCUGCUGGAGAGAGUCUUCACGCCGAUGUUCUGCCACAGCGAUGAAUACUUCAGGCACCUGCUGAAGGGGGCGGAGUCUCCAGCGAGGAACUCAAAAAUCUUCAGAAGCUUCAGCUGGGACGAAAGCAGAAACACGUCCAAACGAGGGGAGUCGUUCGGUAUCAGAGGCAUCGGCAGCAAAAUCAAAGGUGUGUUCAGGAGCACGACCAUGGAGGGCACCUUACUGCCGCCCAGCGCCAUGAACGACAACGACGAUGACAUGGUGGAGGAGGCGACCAUCGUGAUGGAGGACGACUCGCCCGAUGAGCCAGCCGUCCCACCGGAGCCUCAGAGGAACCUCCUGGCCUGGAGCAUCAUCAUCCCCUACAUCGACUUCUACGAUGACGACAUCAAGAAGGAGAGGAUUCUCUACUACUGCAUCCACGUGGAGCGCAAGGACAGGAAGUACAUUGGUCAUGAAACUGAGAAGUGGUUGGUGUACAGAAGAUAUUUGGAGUUCUACGUUCUGGAGUCAAAACUCACCGAGUUCCACGGCACAUUUGAAGAUGCACAGCUUCCAUCCAAAAGAAUCAUCGGACCAAAGAACUACGAGUUCCUCGAAUCUAAAAGGGAGGAAUUUGAGAAAUAUUUGCAGACUCUCCUGCAGCAUCCAGAGCUCAGUAACAGCCAGCUGCUGGUAGACUUCCUGUCUCCUCACGUGGAGUCUCAGUUCCUGGACAGGAUGCUUCCCGAUGUCAACCUGGGAAAAAUCUUCAAGUCUGUUCCUGGAAAGCUGAUAAAAGAGAGAGGACAGAACCUGGAGCCGUUCCUUCAGUCCUUCAUCAACUCCUGCGAGUCUCCCAAACCCAAACCGAGCAGGCCCGAGCUGACCAUCGUCAGCCCCACGGCGGGGAACAAGAAGUUUUUUAACAACCUCUACAAGAACAAUGCCAACCUGUCGGAGAGGAAGCACAACCCCAACUUCUUCACAGAAACCUUCAGUGUUGACGGCAUGUACGACUACAUGAUGUAUGUCGGCCGGGUGGUGUUCCACAUACCGGACUUGCUGCAUCACGUCCUGUCAGCUGGGAGGAUCUUGUUCAAGAGCACAUUUGAAGCCUACAUGGACCAGUACAUGCAGUCCAAACUGGAGAAGAUCCUCCAGGAGCACCGCUUGGUCUCCCUGAUCACCCAGCUCCGAGACGCGGUUUUCUGUGAGAACAGCGAGGAACGAACGGCGGAGGCCAAACAAAGCAGAGCCAAGCAGACGUUUGAGGAGAUGAUGAAAUAUCUGCCAGACUUUGUGGUGAAGUGCAUCGGUGAGGAGGCCAAGUAUGAAGGUAUCCAGCUCCUGUUUGAUGGUUUUCAGCAGCCGCUGCUCAACAAGCAGAUGACGUACGUCCUGCUGGACAUCGCCGUGCUGGAGCUUUUCCCUGAGCUCAACAAGCAGGGAGUGAAGGAGGCGUUCAUCGUGUGACCCGGACGAGGAGCCAAACGCCCACGUGUCGGAAGUGCAAUAUUGUUCCCAAAGCUCUGAGACCACCUCUGCAUUCCAAUGUACAUUAAUGCACUAAUAAAGAGAUAUUUAUUGA